CCAGGCCCUCCUCCGCGCGUCCGGCGGAGGCUGGGUGGGCGUCCUCAGCGCGGGCCGGGGGCGCGGGCCCCGCCCCACCCUAGGACCCCGCCCCUGCGCCACGCCCCCGAGGCCCCACCCAGCCUCUCCGCUUCUGGCCUUCGGCCUCGGCAGCUGCAGGCUGCCGGCCGGCGAGGGCCGCGCGAUGUCGCACGGGCCCGGGCUCGUCCGCACCACGUGCAGCAGCGGCAGCGCCCCGGGAGCCGGGGCCGGCGCGGGGCCGCUGGGCGCGAGCUCUUCAGAGGGGCUGCUGGACCCCGUCUACCCCCGCACCCACGCAGCGCUGCUGAAAGUGGCGCAGAUGGUCUCGCUGCUGAUUGCCUUCAUCUGCGUGAGGAGCUCUCUGUGGACCAGCUACAGUGCCUACAGCUACUUUGAAGUGGUCACCAUUUGCAACUUGAUCAUGAUUCUCGCCUUCUACCUGGUCCACCUCUUCCGCCUGUACCGCGUGCUCACCUGUAUCAGCUGGCCCCUGUCGGAACUCCUGCACUAUUUAAUCGGUACCCUGCUUCUCCUAAUCGCGUCCAUCGUGGCAGCUUCCAAGAGUUACAACCAGAGCCGACUGGUGGCUGGAGCGAUCUUCGGCUUCCUGGCCACCUUCCUCUGCCUGGCGAGUGUGUGGCUGUCCUACAAGAUCUCGUGCGUGACCCAGUCAACAGGUAAAAUUACGGAGGAAGAGCCAAAACAAACAGCUGAAGAAGUUACAGUACCUCUGAGGAAGAGGCCUGGGGUGGAGAGGAGCAGGGAGAGGAAUCAUCGUUCCCACGGGAAGUGAUGCCGCCGUCUGAUGCCCUAACAGCCCGCCAGCCCUGUAGGAGGCGCUGCAGGACGUGUGACCCACGCUGAUGGAGGGGCUUGAGCCGGCGGCCGCAGGAGAGACCGGGGUUUGGGUCCCUGGGCCGGUGGGUGCGGGACGGGCCCUUCCUCCGGCUCCUGAGCGGGUCCAGCCUCUCUCGCCAGCCUUCUUCACUUCCUCAGAGAAUAUUCCUCCCCUUCCGGGAAAGAAAAGCAGCCUCCAGGGAAAUCUGAUCUCUCCCUCCUGCUUUAGAACAGCCUCAGGGACUGAUGCCCCCCUCCCCCCGUUAAGGUGAAGGGGUGGUGUUUGAAUACUCUGCCGAACCCUUCCCCUCUCCCCAGACCUCCAAGGGGCGUCUUGUGAAAACACAGCCACCUCCUAAUUUAUCUCGCUUGGAAAUCUGGUCUUGAAGGUACCCUCUUUCUUAAAGUGAGGCUUACGGGAACACCAUGCUGUCAGCCUGUCCCCAAAUAGGAGAUCUUGGCUCCCUUCCUGUUGUUACCAUUGUGUACGUGUUUAUGUGUUUUUAAAUAAAAUGUUGACUUGGCUAAUUGCA